AUGGCCGUAAAUCCUUCCAAGAAAUUCUGGGACGUCGUUAUUUUUAAGAAAGACAAUUCUGUUUAUCACAUUCCCUCAUCCUGGGCUGUAAAUGAUGAUAAAACAAUAUAUUUGUGGCCAAAAGUACCCAUAUCAAUAUUGAAGCAUUCAAUAGAAGAAUGUGAACCGCCUAAAACUUCUGUAUCCUAUAAAGAGUUGGGCGCCGUUUAUAAAGGAACAAGGAACACAAUUGCUGCAGCGAGACGUCUUCAAGAAACUGUCAUAGAAUCACGGUCAACAUCCAAUGAAAGCGAAAGCGGCUCUAGCUCUGUUAGAUGCGAAGAAAUUGAGGAUUCCUUUGAAGAGGAAGGAAACGAUACAUCGGGCAAUGAUGAUGACGAUACACUGACAUUUAAUUCGGACGAGAACAACAAAUCAGAACUAGCUCCAUCGAGUUCAGCUGUGUACCGAUCUACAUCAAAACUACAAAAUUCAAAAGCACAACGCGUAAAAUCUGGCAGUUCUCUUCCCAAAUCUAAGGACGUCACAAUAGCUACACCACAGAGGAACCCUGCAUCCAACCUUCGUUGCUCGCUUACGGAAGACCGAUAUACUAAAUUAAUGAAAGCAAUAGCCGGAAUUGAAUACGAUUUGAAGGAAAUCAAGUCUAACCAGACACGGCUUGAAUCGUCCGUUGCCGCCGUUAUUGCUUCCUCUACCAUUACGCCUUCCAGAAUUUCAAGACACUUCGAGUUGCCGACAAGGAAUCAAGAGGACUUGAUGAAACUGGAGGAACAAGUUAAGCAAGAUACAGAAUUUGAAAAUCUUGUAAGUAUAACUGACUCUCUUUAA